AGUGCAGUAUCAAAAAUUCGAAACCACGAAUCGUGAUCAAAACUCAAAACCGACAGCGGACACGGGACAAAUCUUUAAAUAUAUUUUUCCUGAGGGACAAUAUAAUAGAUAUUGUGAAACGUUGUUAUUUGAUGCUAAAAUGUUUGAAAAGUAUUCGUGAAUAUUGGACGACCGUCGUGAUUCGCCGUGGCCCUUAGGUUCUAUUAACUGUUUGUAAAUGUUUCUAAUCGGACCUAUUACGGUGACGUUUUCGUACGUAGCGGACUUGGGCUGCUCGUGAUAUUCAAUUGACUAUGUGUUUAUACUACAGGUUUGUCGGCUGCACGAUGCGUGUUCCAAAAUAUGUUUUCCGGAAAGCUGAUGAGCACUGCUACUGUCAAUGUGGUGACGCUACGAGGUCAUGGAUACUGGCUGAAAUGUCGGUGGAUGGACAUAACCAUUGUAUCAAAGAGAAGGCCAACGAUAUCUUUCGCUCCCAGACGUUGUAUCAACAUUACUGCCUCAUUAGGAGCUUCAAGAAAUUAUUACGACGUAUUGGGUGUUCCAAGAGAUGCCAACCCAAAGCAAAUCAAAGACGCAUAUUACAAACUGGCAAUGAAACACCACCCCGAUAAAAACCAAGGAAUACUUACUGAACAGUUCAGGGACAUUAAAGAGGCAUAUGAUGUAUUGAGCAAUGAAUCUAGUCGGAUGAACUACAAUAAAAAUAUGGGUUCUUCAAACAAUAACUAUAGUAGUACAUCUAAUGAUUGGAAAUCUAAUUCUUCUUAUAGCCGUUAUAACACAAAUUAUGAAUAUACAUACAAUAAUAAAAACUGGUCAAGAACUGAGUACAGCCAUCAAAGAACCAAACGUGCUGGGGGUUUUGAUAAACUCAAACCAUUUAAUGUGUUCAUAAAUGUCAUUUCAGUGCCCAAGAAUAUUGUAAAAACUCAAAUUGAUAUAAUGUUACUGAGUUUUAUCAAAAACCGUACAUUAAAAUGGAUUGUGUUUCAACUAUUUCAAUAUCUAUGGACGUGGGGGUUAAAUAAUUUGAAUUAUAAUGUACUGAUAUCAUCAUCGUCGACUAACAAUCCAUUUGCAGAAUUCAUCAGAAGUUUGUUGGAUAACCAUACAAUAAGGAUCGAACUAACAGAAAUGGAAGCAAUAAAGGGUAAAGCUGUCAGAGUGAAAGUAAAUGAAAAUGAAAAAGUUCUAGUGGUCAAUAUACCCAGGGGAGUUCAUAAAGACCAAUCAUUCUACUUGUUUUACCUGAAAAAUGACGAUGAUAAUACCAAAAUUUAAAGGCUGAAUAUUGUUACCAUUUCUCUGUUUGUUAAUUUGGAUGAAUUAUAAUGUAUUUAUUUACAGAAA